CCUCACCCAUACCACCCUCCCCCACAAACCCGCAACCAUGCCCAUCCAAUCCCGCUGGCAAAUCCCCAUCCCCCGCGUCUCCCUCCCAACCUUCCUCUUCGGCUCCCCGACCGCCCCCCUCUCCGACAAACCCGCCUUCAUCUCCACGCGCAACCCAGAAACCCACAACCUCUCCCUCCGCGACUACCGCCUCUAUGCCCAACGCCUCGCGUCGGGCCUCCUCCGCUCCGGCCUCGAGCCAGGCGACCGCGUCCUCCUCUUCUCGGGCAACACGCUCUUCUUCCCCGUCAUGGUGCUCGGCGUCAUCAUGGCGGGCGGCAUCUUCACGGGCGCGAAUCCCACGUACGUGGUCCGCGAACUGGCGUACCAAUUACGCGAUUCCGGGGCGAGGUAUCUAGUCUGUGCGGAGGGGAGCCUGGACACGGGGCUCGCGGCGGCGAAGGAGGCGGGACUGGGCGCUGAUCGGAUUUUCAUCUUCGACGACGGGGCCGCGACGUUUGAGGGGAGGAGGGUGGAGAGGGAGACGCCUGAGGGGAAGAUCCGGCAUUGGACGGCGCUGCUGGAUUCGCCGGAGGAGGGGAGGGCGUAUUCGUGGCUGGAGCUCAGCACCGACGAGGAGUUGGAUAGGGUGGUUGCGCUGAACUAUUCCUCGGGGACGACGGGCGUGGCCAAGGGCGUCAUGAUCACGCAUAAGAAUUACGUGGCCAAUUGCUCGCAGGUGAUUCAUUUGAAUUCGCAGCAUCCGGAGUACGAGGAGAAGGUCAAGAGGGCGAAGUACCUGUGCUUCCUGCCCAUGUACCACGCCAUGGCGCAGACGAUCUUCUGCGUCAAUGCGCCCAAGUCGGGAUUUCCGGUGUACAUUAUGCCCAAGUUCGAUUUCCUGGAGAUGUUGGAGGCGGCGCAGAGGUUCCGGAUUACGGAUUUGACGCUCGUGCCGCCGGUUGUUGUGGCCAUGGCGAAGCAUCCCGCGACCCGGAAGUUCGAUCUGAGCUCUGUGGAGACCAUUGGUUCGGGGGCUGCUCCUUUGGGCCGAGAGGCUUGCGAGCAGUUGGAGGCAUUGUGGCCCAAGGGCCGGAUCAAUGUGAAGCAAGGGUGGGGGAUGACCGAAUUGACUUGCGCGGCGACGACAUUCCAUCCUGCGAAGAAGUCCGAGAGCUUCUCUGUUGGAGAACUCCUUGCCAACUGCGAGGCCAAAAUUGUGGCUGAUGAUGAGGGCAAGGUUGAGGUUGCUCAGGGAGAGAGGGGAGAGGUCUGGGUUCGCGCUCCCAAUGUCAUGAAGGGGUACUGGAACAAGCCGGAGGCUACGAGGGAGACGCUGACGGAGGACGGAUGGCUGCGGACUGGCGAUGUGGCGUAUGUGGACAAGGAGGGCCACUUCUUCAUUGUGGAUCGCAAGAAGGAGUUGAUCAAGGUCAAGGGUCUUCAAGUCGCUCCGGCUGAGCUGGAGGCGUUGCUCCUCGAUCAUCCAGAUGUCCAGGAUGCCGCCGUCAUCGGUGUGACCAUCAACGGAGAAGAGCUCCCACGUGCAUACAUAGUGCCACAGAGCCAGGAGAGGGCUACGCCGGAGGUAGCUGAAAAGAUCAAGAACUGGCUCGCUGAGCGUGUUUCCAGGGCGAAGCGACUGGAAGGCGGAGUCCACUUCAUUGAUGCCAUUCCCAAGAACCCGUCUGGCAAAAUCAUGAGGAGAGCUUUGAGGGACAGAGCCGCGGCGGAGCAGACCAAGGCGAAGCUCUAAUCUUCUGCGAGAUAUCAACUAGACCUCGUGUCAGCAUAGUCAUAGUUGUAGAUAAAUACCAACUGUAUAUAUCUUUCGAAUAGCCCAAUGCAUGAUUGUGUGAUUUUUGCAUUUCCACUUGUGCUUCGAAAUCCCUAUUUAAACCGCAGGUUUGCCGACAAGCGUCACCGGUCUUGAGAGGCCAUGACGGAAUUCCAGGCUCCAAUCGCUCUGCACCAGAAAGUCGUGUUGUUGCUGCUGAUAUAUACAUGCAGCCGCUUGAUCUUCUUCGAUAUCGUCCUUCCACCUUGAAAUGAAACCUCUCAAUUGCUCCUUGCUCCGCCCUUCGCUGCCCUCAACUCCUCCAUCUUUGCCAUCCGCUGCUUGAACUCUUCGUACUGGCACUUCUCGUAUGAAUGUCGCUCGUUCUGUGACCUAUUAAUGCGCCGCUCAUCUUCAAUUGUUGAAUCCGGAUCCCACCUCGCACUUCCACGGCAGAUAGAACUCCUCAAAGCGACA